UGUUUGCCAUCCAUCCGAACAGUUCUACCAACAAGUGUUUAGAUUGUGCUGCCGCGAAACAAACAAAAUGCCUGAAAACUUAGAUACGGAACAGUUUAACGCCGACGAGCUGGUGCCCCCAGAGUGGCUAAAUGCUGAGUACUUGGAAAAAAUUCUGAGCACCUAUGAAAAUGCACCAGAACUGAAGGUAACCGAUCUAAAAAUAUCCCCUGCGAGCGCUCAGGGAGAUCACUAUGCGAGUGUCAUGUUCCGCACCCAAGUGGAGUACACAACCGGGAAGGGAACGUUCAUCAAGCCACUGAUCGUCAAGACAAUGCCCGAGGAGGAGGGCCACAAGAAGGACAUGCUGAAGAACUCCUUUAUAUUUGAAACAGAGAUCGGAACGUACUCCAAGGCGCUACCAGAGUUUGAGAGGAUAUUGAAGCAGGCGGGAGAUAAUACCAAGUUAUAUGCGACCUGCAUUUUCCAUAGCGUCGUGCCGCGUCAGGUAAUGAUCUUCGAGGAUUUGGUGCCGCAGGGAUACGCGGUCGUACGUGGUCGUCCGAUUCGGGAGGAGGAAGUGCACGCCGCUUUAUCCAAAUUGGCCAAGUGGAACGCGGCCAGCAUGAAAGUUAACAAUGAGAAUCCCGCGGUUAUCGAUGAGUUCAAAUAUGGCUUGUUCGAUUUACCCACGCUGAUGAAGGAUCCAAUGGUAACCAGUGGCAUGGCAAACUUCAUUAAUAUGCUCGACCAAGUACCCGAUCUGAAGAAGUACAAGCCGCAUUUUGAGAAAAUAAAGGACACUUAUCUGGAGCGCGCCCGGGCCGUGUUGACUGAGUAUCGCACAAAUCCCCAAUCUGAUGGGUAUUACGUGCUUUGCCACGGAGACUUCCAUCUGCGGAAUAUGAUGUUCAAGCACAACAAGGAGACGGGGGUGUUGGAGGAUGUGAUGCUGGUGGACUUCCAGAUCUGUAAUAUAGUGCCCAUCAGCAUUGAUUUGAUCUACGCCAUCUACAUGCUGAUGGAGCCAGAGCAGCGCUGGAGCCAUGGCAAGGAUAUGAUUAACUCUUACUUCACCGUUCUGGUGGAUACUCUCAAAAAAAUUGGAUACAAAGGCGACAUGCCAACCCAGGAGAAGCUCUGGCAGCAGAUCCAUCGCCACAAAAUCUAUGACUUCUUCUUGCUUACCACUUUUCUGCCUUUGAUUUUGGCCGUUAAAGCUAAUACCUUCAAGAUGAAUGAAAUUAUCCAAGAUCCGGUAACGCGCCAGAAGGCUUACCUCAUGGAUAUAUACGUUGCAGAAGCAAGGAAACUGCUGCCCCUAUUCGAGCAAUUGGGUUACUUUAAGGAUCUUUAGGGAAAGACAACAAUUGGAAAACAGCAACAGCAACAAAGCAACGAACACAUGGGGUUCUGAUCAAUGACUUUUGAGUAUCUGUAGAUUACGAAUACGUAAUUGCUUUAAGAACCUUGAUUGUCAAGUUUUGGUUAUCUCUAAAUGAUUAGGGAGUAGAGUAGGAAGUGAUAAGUUAACAUUAUAUAACAAACUAGCAGACCAGCGCGCUUCGCUGCUUACUAAAUGAAUUUAAUGUUUAGGAAAUCAUCGAAAAUAAACAAUGAUAAUCAAAAGCAAAAAA